AUAUAUAAAUCAAUUUCUUGUGUAAUGUUUAGUAGCAAAUAACAAACGAUUGUGAAUUUAAUUGUUAUGCUUAAAGCCAUAGAGUUAAGCCAAUUAGCCUGAUUACUGUCGAAAUAGUGUUGAGAGGCAAAAACAAUUUAAUGGAAUGAAUUUUUGAUGGAUAGUCGGACUAAAUCAAUGAAGAAAAUAAACGAUGACAGAGCUCCCUAGUUCACCUGUUAAACGUCCACGUGAAAAUAAUAAAUUGAACGGGAGUACAGUAACUGAAGGAAAUAUUAAGAUGUACAAAAGAGAUCCUGCUCACAGAGUGUUUGUCAAUAGAAGUCUAAACAUGGCAAAGAUAAAGAUAUUUGGAUUUGAUAUGGAUUAUACUCUUGCAGUGUACAAAUCACCAGUGUAUGAAGAUAUGGGAUUUGAGAAAUUGAAAGAAAGACUUGUUGCUAUUGGUUAUCCCAAGGAAAUCAACGACUUUAAAUAUGAUCCAGCAUUUCCCUGCAGGGGUCUUUGGUUUGACAGACAGUUUGGAACUUUACUAAAAGUGGAUUGCUAUGGUAACGUCUUGGUAGCUGUGCAUGGAUUCAGAUUUAUGAAAAGUUGGGAAAUAGGAAAAAUGUAUCCCAACAAAUAUGUACAGUUGGACGAGAACAGGAUAUAUGUGCUGAAUACAUUAUUUAAUAUCCCAGAAACAUACAUGAUAGCAUGCAUGAUUGACUUCUUCAUAUCAAAGAAAGAUUAUGAACAAUCAGACAUGGGAGUCAGAUGUGGUGAUUUGUUUAUGUCCUACAAAUCCAUUUUCCAAGAUAUCAGAAAUUCUGUUGAUUGGGUUCAUUUUCAUGGUGACAUGAAAGAUUAUACUGUGCAGAAUUUAGAGACAUUUGUCCACAAAGACCAGAGGUUACCAUUGUUCUUGGAAAGAAUAAGACAACAUGGACAAAAGACAAUGAUUAUAACAAACAGUGAUUAUAAAUAUACAAACAAAAUCAUGGAAUAUUUGUUGGAUUUCCCAGAGUUUCAGCAACCAGAACAAGGGACAAAAGGAAGAGAUUGGAUAACAUUCUUUGAUUAUGUUGUGGUAGAUGCAAAGAAACCUAUGUUCUUCAAAGAUGGGACAAUCUUACGUAAAGUAGACAGGACAACAGGUUCAUUAAGUCUAGGACAUCACAUGGGGCCUAUGGAAAAAGGAUGUGUAUAUUCUGGGGGUUCAGUUGAUGUAAUUUCUGAAUUAAUGGGUGCCAAGGGCAAAGAUGUACUGUACGUAGGAGACCACAUAUUUGGUGACAUAUUAAAAUCUAAGAAGGAACGAGGAUGGAGGACAUUCCUGGUUGUUCCAGAAAUGGCACAGGAGCUAAAAGUUUGGACUGAACAGAAAUCUUUAUUUGGUCAGAUAGAAACCUUGGAAUGUGAGAUGGCAGAUUCUUUUAGAAAUUUAGACAGUAGCACUAGAGAUGUACCAGACAUAUCAAAAUACAAAAAGGAAAUGAUGGAAACUGUCCACAAGUUAGAUCUUUCAUAUGGAAUGUUGGGGAGUAUCUUCAGAAGUGGUUCUAGACAGACAUUUUUCUCAGCACAAGUACAGAGAUAUGCUGAUUUAUACACAUCGAAUCUACUAAGUCUUCUCCAUUAUCCAUUUACAUACAUGUUCAGGGCACCAUCUAUGCUGAUGCCUCAUGAGUCAACAGUAGAUCAUGAUCUUACUUAUGCAGUGGAAGAUGGUGACACAAGCCUUGGUUUAAGACAGCGACCUAAAGAUUUUGACAUUGAAACCCCAACGAAAAUUAUGAGACAGAAUAAUGUACCACAUCUUCAUGCAAAUAUGCCCUGCAAAGUGACACAUUACCAUGAUGAAGACGAAGAUUCAGAUGAAGACUCUAGCAGUGCAAUGAGUGAUAAAUCGGCUUAGAUUUACUUAGAUUUCAACCAAAUCAACCAUUUUACACUGACAAGACAAAAAGAAGAAAUGAUCAAGUGACUCUAUGGACUUAUUGUUUUGCAAUAUUUGUUUCAAUAAGUAACAAAGUUAGAAGUUUAUUUACAUUUUGGUGUGCCCCAGAUUUCAAUGUGGUCAUGCCAUUUAGGAAAUAAGUGUAUAUUUCUUUACAUUUUAAUGUGGCAGAUAUCAAUGUGGUCAUGUGGUUUACGAAGUGUACAUUUAUUUACAUUUUAAUGUGGCAAAUUUCAAUGUGGUCAUGCCCUUUAUAAAGUAUAAUUUCAGUUUAUACUUUGUUUCAUUUUGAGACAUGCCUUUUAGUAAGUGUACAUUUAUUUACAUUUUGAUUUGACAGGUUUCUAUGUGGUCAUGCCAUUUAGGAAGUGUACAUUUAGUUUAUACUUUGUUUCAUUUUGAGACAUACCUUUUAGUAAGUGUACAUUUAUUUACAUUUUGAUGUGGCAGGUUUCAAUGUGGUCAUGCGGUUUACGAAGUGUCCAUUUAUUUACAAUUGAAUGUGGCAGGUUUCAAAUGGGGUCAUGCCAUUUAGCAAGUGUAAUUUUUGUUUAUACUUUGUUUCAUUUUGAGACAUGCCUUUUAGUAAGUGUACACUGCCAUACAUUUCACCAUUGCAUUAUCACUUUAUAGAUUUUAUGAUUAUUCAAAUCUCAUUUUAUUGAGUUCAUAUAUUUACAAGUGAAGAUCCAUAAUCAUAUGCCUUUUAUUUUAAAACAUUUUUUUGUGUUAUCCUUAAAAGGAAGAGUCAAAUAAUUAUGUAAUUUUAUCUUUGUUUAUAAUACCCUUUUGUUUGUAUUCCUGGUUGGGGUCCUAUCAAACUGCCUUAAGGGCAUACGAUACAGUUACAGGGGAGGUAAUGACGUUGCUAACGUAAUUUGUUAUUUUCGCGACGUCAAACAGUGACAUAUCGGGAAAAGAUGCAUUUUUCACUGAUUUUUAUCAUUCAAACUGAUUUAAUAUAAAAACAAGUUCAUGGACCCCUAUUUUUCAAAACGGCAUUUGGUUUCAUUUUGCAGGGAGAUUAUUCGACCUAAAUUUUAUAAAACUGUAAAUAGAGGAUUUUAUUUAAUUGUGAUAAACAUGCAGUAAAAAAUUACGUUUUUUCCUCAAUUCAUGAACAUUUGAUAAAUAUGAGUUAUUUCUGAAUAAAAAGUUGCAUAUUUUUUAAAGAUAUUUAUAAAAUACAGAAAUUACCGAUUAUUUAUCAAAAAACAAUUUGUUUUUAUCUUUUAUAACAAAAAAGUUAUGUCUUUCUUUCGAAAAAGAAAUUACGGCCACAAAUCUGAAUUUCGAGCAAAUAUACAAAAUUUCGACCUCAUUUUACUCAAAAAGUAGCACAUGAAGGUAUAUUUUUUAUUACAUAUUUGAUUUAAUCAGGUAAAAAAUAGCCUAUAUGCAAAUUUUCAUGAACUUGUAAAUACAGGAUCAAAACUGUAUCGUAUGCCCUUAACAUAGAAGUAUUCAUGCUGUUCAAAGUUAUUUUCAAGAUCAAUGAAUAGAUUUAGAAUUUUUUUGGUAUAUUGACCACCUUAAAUGUACUUCUAAAUUCCUUUUAAGUGAUUUGAAAUAUAAUAAAUGAUACAUUGACAAGAUAAUUCAAAAUUUUACUUUAAUUUCAUUUGAAAGAGUUAUUUUCAUUUCAUUAUCUGAAUAUAAGAGUAUCUUUAUAAAGAAAACUAUAUCUUUUUAAGGGAAGACAUUUAAGAAGAUAGCCUUGCUUUCUACAAAUAAUUAUGGUGAUUUAAAGUAGAUAAAAUCUUUAAUAUUGAUUAGAAAUGAAAAGUUUCUUUGGUUAAGAGAAUCACAUGUAUAUCUAAACAGAAGUAGAUCUGCCUUUGAAUGUUACAAUCAUUAUUUAGCAAGUAGUGUUUGAAUGUUAGAUAUAGUAUCAUAUCAUUAUAUAUAAUUAUGAUAUUAUAGCAAUAAUGUGCAAUGGAUAUUACCAUAUUGAUUUUUACGAUGAAUGAGUGUUGGGCAUAACAAUCAAACUAAUUAACUGAUAUUCAAGAUGAGUUUUAAAGUUAAGCAAUGGUGAUUUUGAACAAUCUUAUUAGCAUCAUGGUAUAAAUGUAUCACUGAACAUGAAACAUUAAGUAAUUAGAGUAUUAUAGCAUUUGAAAAAAUUGUAAUAUGUAAGAUAGUUGUUCUGUUAUCUUUGAACUUUUCUUAAAAGACGGCCUUAAACUUCCUGUAAACAUAUUGUGGGUUCAUUAUUUUUCGAUGGAUAUCAAUUUUUCGGGGAUUUCGUGGGUACAUGUGAACCACAAAUUUUAAUGUUCAACAUAUUACAAACCACGAAAGUGUUAGUAUUGUUCAAUCCACUAAAAAUUUGUACUCAUGAAAAAAAAAUGAAUGCACAGUAAAAGGUUGUAAUUUGAUUUGUUUAUUUUGUGAUUGUCUGUAAGGUUUAAAACACUAUAGAGAGGGUCCAUUUUUUCUUUCCUAAGGUUUUCAUGUCAAUCAUCAAUAGGGCUAUUAUAUAUUUUAUAUCUACUUGUUAAACAAAACACAUUUGAUUUAGAAUUACUUGGAGAAACCAUAUGAGAAAAGAUAACCAUAUUUUCUUUCCAAAAAUUGAAUAAAAAGAGAAAUAAAAAUUUGGUGUGGCCUUAAAUAUUGGUGUAUAAUUUAUUUUUAAGGGUUAUUAUAUGUAUAGUUUUAUUUUUAUUGUUAAGUGCUUGUUAUUUAUAUUUGAUUUAUAGCUUAUUCAUAAUUGAUUAGGAUCUUAUAUAUUUUGUGUUAUUUUGUUUUAAAGAUAGGUUUUAGUUUUAUGCAUAUAUAUGUACCAGGAGGUGUCACGUUAUAUUUAUUGUUGUCGUAAUAUAUAAUUAUUUUACGCUUUGUUAGUUAUCUUAGUUUUGUUAAGAAAAUCAAAAAAGAUGAUGAACUUAAUAUGUAUGCAUGGCUUAUUUAAAUAAAUAGUAUUUAAGGUGGUACCCAACACUUUCACUAAAAUUAAUUUGGCGUGUUUAAUUUUCAUAAAAUUUUGACAAAGUAUUUUCUUUGACCCUUUAACAAGUAUAUAAAAAUUUCCAAAACUUUGAACCAACCUUUUUUUCAGAAAAAUUACACCGGUUAUAUAGCAGUUUGACAAACAACAAUUUUGAUCAUUGAGGAGCUUAAUAUUCCCUUUACAACACAACGUAAUUGAAACGUUUAGUUGAUUUUACAGAGUUAUCUCCCUGUAGUGUUAGGUACCACCUUAAUAGAUAUAGUGUUCAUAGUUAAGAUUUCCUUUAGUCAUAUCCAAAUUUUCCCUAUAAUGGUAACAAUGCAUGUACUUUUUUAAUUUCAUAAAUUAGACCACUGCUGGUGCCAUAAUUGUAUAUUGAUUGUCAUUCUGUUAUAACUUUCAAAAAGGCAUCAAAAUUGACAAAGAAAAUGUGUCCAUUCAAAUAGGAAUAGCUUUUGGUUAAUAGUCACAUAAUAAGUUGUUAAACAAAUCUAUUGUGUAUAUUGAUGAUAUUAUGGACAAUUUGGAGGGUUGAUCCCCUUUUAACUGAACCUAAAGUUUUAAUGAAAAGUGAAAUAUUAUAAAUACAAACCCCAAAAAAAAUCUCUGGUUAAUAUGUCUGAACAAGAAACAGUUAUUCCAUCAAGAAUCUCUUAUUGCACUUACUAAUUUCCUCCUUUGUAAAAUUGUAAAAUAUUAACAGCUCAAAUUUUAAUUGAAUAACUGUUUCGAGUAUCAUAAAAAGAGCUAGGCCUUAAAAUCAUCAGCUGUUUCAACAAAGUUUUUAUUAGCAUAUUUCAUCAUUUGAAGUCAAGAAGUUUGUUGAUUUAAAAAUACAUACAUAAUUUGUGAACAUAUACUGGGUUGACAUGUAAACAUCUUUUGUAAGAUAAACAGUAGAUACAGGUAUUUUAACACAAAGGAAUUAUUCUAAAAUUCUUUUAAGUUGAAAGGAUUGCCUUAGUAAUACAUUGUUUUACAUUCAUGAAUCUCUACAAAGUUGACUGUGAUGAAGGGUGCCUUUUUAGAAGUGAUUAUUUACAUUAAAGCAAUGUGUCCUCAACCAAUUAAAAGACUCAUUGUUUGUGCUCAAAAUGUUUUUGUUCUUAAACCCCAAAUGAAAAUGUAAAGCCUUUUCUGGUUAAAUCAGAUUUUUUCUUUAAAUUUCAUGAUUGAUAUGAAGAUAAUUUUUUUGCAGUUAGCCCUUUGAUUUUGUUGGUAUUGUAUAGAUGGGGGAAAAGAGUGCAGUGAAAAGAAAUCCACAUUUACUAAAACAAAACAAAAAUUUAGUUUUGUAACGUUUAUAAUAUUUAUUUUAGACAAGAGAUUUUUAUAGUGGUGAAUUUUUAGUAUAUUUUGUAUUUAUUUUAUUUUAUGUUAAUGUUAUCAUUAGGGACCAUUCAUGAAUGUUUGUUAGAGAGAUAAGUUAUUGAUAUGAGUGUUGUCAUUUUUAAAGGGAAAGAAUAUUAAAAAGUGCUUAAACUUUU